AUGAGGUUUUGGUUGAGAAAGACGGAGCUUUUGUGCCGUUUACUGAAGAAACUAAUGGUAUACGCAGCCUUACUCUUCGUUGGCAAACUAGCCAACAAUCAGAAGACGAAGACCUUCAAUCAGAAGGCGGGAAAACUGAAAGAAAAGAUUGAUAUUCAAGUCGAGAUUCCUGUGCGUGGCUUCGAAUUAAACGAUAAGCUGGCCAAUACAUUGCAUGAACAUGUUCAAGAUGAUCUUAUUGCAAUGUCGCAUCACAGUGGAGGAUUGGGGGGUGGUCACUAUACAGCAAGUGCGAUCAAUCCAAAUGGCAAAUGGUAUGAAUUCAAUGAUUCGUGCGUUUCGGAGAGAAAUCCUCCAGAUGACCGAUUGAAAGCCUCAUCUCCCUACAUGCUUGUAUAUCGCAGGAGAAAUCAUUGCUUUGAUGAUGGGAAACUGAUC